AUGUUUGGGGAGAUCUUGAGUUAUGUCUACUCGGGAACCCUCCAUGUGUCCCUGGACAAAGUGCAGCCCCUGUACCAGGCAGCCGACCUCCUCCAACUGGACUAUGUGAGAGACACCUGCAGCAGAUACAUGGCCAUGAAUGUGGAGCGCUCCACCUGUGUGGACCUGUACAAGUUUGCUGAUGUCUUCUCUGUGCACGCUGUCCAGAAGCGUUGUCUGCAGUGGAUUGCCAGGAACUUUACUGAGGUUGCCUCCAGUGAGGAGUUCCCCGGUCUGAUGGUGAAUCGACUAACUGAGAUCAUCAGCCACAUUGAGCUAGACGUUAAAGAGGAGACAGCAGUGUGGGAGGCUGUGGUGAGAUGGGUGCAGCACAGCAGGGAGGACAGACUUCACCACCUACCCAGCAUCCUCCCUCACAUCCGGUUCAACCUGCUGACCUCAGACGACAUUGCAGCUAUCUUGGAACACCCACUGAUCAGGGAGGAUCCUGGGAGUUCUGAGGUCAUCAGGAAUGUGGUAAAGAAAGUGAACAUCGACCCGAAGCCAAGAUUCGGGAUGACCACGGAAAUGGCUGUGCUGCUUAAUCCGACCGAGGGUUCCAAUGAGAUCCUCUUCAUGAACCCUCGAGAAGACAAGUACAUCAGCUGCAGUUACAAGCCAGAGGACCUCCCUAAUGUCACAGAUAUAGCAGUCACAAAUGAAAAUGAUAUCUACAUCCUCGAUACUAAAGAACUGGAGGAUGAGAAUCAGGUGUGCCUGUUUAAGUACAACCAUGCAGAAAACGUGUGGAAACAAGCAAGUGUGUCCUCAAUAUCUAAGGUAGAGUGCCGCGAGGAACGUUUGCUUGAAGCUGAUGGGAUCUUGUAUUACAUUGCUUAUGUACCUGUAGAUAAACGACCAUUGCUGCAGAUGAGAAAGUACGAUCCGCACACGAACCAGUGGCAAGAGUGUUCACACCUGCAACUUGACGAGACUAUAAACAACCAUGCAAUGUUGUUCUGCGGUCCAAACCUGUAUAUCCUCACAGCCACGGAAGCGCACUGCUACGACCCAGGCAAGGACAUCUGGAGCAGGAAGACCCCCUCGUGGAAGUUUCCUGAAUUUGUUACAGCAGUUGCCUUGGGAACUACUGAGAUUUUCUGCACAGAUUAUGACAUCUAUAACCCUAUAGUGUACGACACAGAGUCAGACCGGUGGCAGGAACUGAACGGCUGGCCGAACCCAGGAAACCGUUAUAUUGAUGAUAUGCCUGGUCUGUUCGUACUGGGGAACCAGCUGCACGCGUUGAUAAUCUGUAGGGGUGAGGAGACUGAAACCGAUCACGAAAGUUUUGUUUAUGUGUAUGACAGGUCUGCUGAUGCCUGGACGGACUUGAAUGCCACUCUACCGGGCACGAGAUAUAUGCAUGCAUGGGACUGGCAUUGCACAGUUGCUCACAUGCACCUCCCAUAUCUCGAGGGGAAAUAAAAACACAUCACUACUUUCCUACGUUAAUGAACAUGAUGAAUAGGAUAUGGACGCAUGGAGUACUGGACAGGACAGAACUGAAUAAUGACAUUUUGCUUCAAUCUCAGGUUUUGCCGAUUGCCCCUAAAAUGUUAUAGCUUUAGUAGAAUAUAGUAUAAUAUAGUAUAAGUAGAAAUUUUGUAGAAACCCUCUCUUUUUUUGUAACAUGUAUUUAUAAGGAACAUCACUCUACAAGAGAUAUAACUGAGCUUAAAGCCUAGCAUUAGUAAUUAUCCGACAUCAGUAGGCUAGGUGUCAUAGUAUUAUUUUACAUGUGAUUCUAUUGUAUGUUACCUACAUUUUUAUGUGGAGUCAUUAACAUUUGUAUUUACUUAUCACCUUACAAGUGUAUUAUUUGUUAACUUUUGUUUACGAAGCCAUUUCCAUAUACAAUACAUAUAAUUUUGUAUCGUUUUUAACUGAACAAUAAAUAUUAACUGAAGGAAAAAA